AUGUCGCGAUCAUUAUCUCAAAAAAUCUACUCCGACGUCUUUGCGCGCUGGCCAAAGCAGGCCCUUCGUCCCGAUCACCAACUCCAAGAUGUCCUAGGCAAAGCCGUAACCGAGCGAUUCCAGAACCAUAAGCCCUCCAUGGAGCGUGAGGAGCUUCUUAAGGCGCGGGCGCUACAAUUCCUUCUCCAAGACCGAUAUAACGAUCGAUUCAAGCUCAAUGGUAGAUUACUCGAGCCAAAGAGCCAACCGACGUAUUUUGCGGAUCUAGUGAGGGAAAUCGACGAGGCGCCGAACAGAUCAUGGUUGGAGAGAUUAGGCAAGCGAUUAACAGGAAUGAUCCGAUUCCAAUAA